AACCACUGACUGCACACGUGGAUAUCUUGAAGCACUAUCUACAUAUCUCGUCAAGAUAUUCUUCCUCUGUUAAAAACACUAGCUGGCCACAAAACAUCCGCAAACGAUGGCAGCUGCAAUGCAAGGCCCUUACGUAGGCGUUGGCCCUUCGAACAACGAUCAGGAACCCGCCAUAGAGAUGACGAGGACACUCACUGGAAAGAAGCGGUACUCAGGGCCUAAUGUCUCGCCCUUGGAGAUGUUGAAAGCCUUACUCCCAGCAGCGCUUCUGAUAAUGGCCGUCCUCUGGAUUAACGCGUCCCACAUUUACGGCCUAUUUCAUCAUCAAGGAGCCUAUGUUCACAGAGCUAAAGUCGCACUCGCAGACUUUGAUGAAAGCGACUUCGGCGAGGCUCUACGAGCAGCAGCAGCAUCGAACAAUGGGACUUACGGAUUUCCUACCUUUGUCAAUGUCAACACCACGGGAUCGUCCCCUGAGCAGAUCCGACAUGAGGUCUUCGAGGGGAAAUAUUGGGCAGCGAUCGUUGCGCAACCCGGGGCGACCACUCGAUUCGACGAUGCCGUGAAUGGCAAUACUACACAAUACGAUUCCAGUAACGUCUAUACCUAUUAUGUACUAUCGGCGCGAUACUACACCCUCUACGCCUCGACAAUACUCACAUCGACUAUCACCACUACAUCAGUCGCAUCCAGCAUCUUCAACACUGAAUUCAUGACAGCCCGCCUCGCCAGCGGCUCAUUUGCCAACAGCACUACUGCACUAUCCGCUCUUGCGAUUCCCGCACGCGCUGUCGAAGCCCAAGCAGCAUCCCAAGACUUCGCCGAUCUAGACGACAAAGCCUUCAUCAAUACCCUUGGAACCGUCUUACCCAUCCUCAUGCAAUUCUUCUUCAUCAUGGCAUGGAACGGCAUAUGCAACGGCAUGCACUUGUACGCUGCCUACGACCUGCGCACACAUAUUCUCGCCCGCCUAUUCUGGAGCACCGUUUGGCCCAUAUUCACCAGUUUAUGUACUGCGGGAUGGACCUUCGCAUUCCGCGGCUCUUACCAUAUCGAUGCGAAGAUGUUCUUUGCUUUCUGGGCUCUGACUUGGGUAUUCAGUAUGAUUCAAUUUGACGUCCUGGACAUCAUUACUGGAUUUAUACCUAUGGCUUUUGUGCCAUUUUUCUUUCUCACUUGGGUUAUCUUCAACGUUGCGGCAUCGCUUGGGCCGGAGGAAAUCCUUCAUCACUGGUACAGGAUCAGCUACUUCUUUCCAUCGCUACAUUGGUAUAAGACAUUUAUUACCAUCAUCACACAGGGCGGCGUCAACAGGCUAUACUACACACUACCUGUGCUCGCUGCUUGGCUAGUCUUGGUGAAGCUUUUGAGUCCGCUGGCUACGAGGAACCGUGUAAGGAGGGCACAGGAGGUGUAUAAGUGGUACAAUGAAAGACACGCUAUUGGCGGCCCUCACUAAGUGAAUGUAUAGGGCGGUUGUACUUCAUCGCGCAUUUCUUUUGUCUAUUGCACUCGAUUCAGCAUAGCAUACUUUAGACUCUUGUCACUCUACACAUCUUGUCCUCGAGGAUCUCCUUAUCUCAGUUUAUAAUAUACUCUUCUAACCCAUCUCCUUCUUGCAGCAGACCCUACCUUCCUUCUUCACUGGUUCGGCGAAUCAUCUCUAGCUUUUCAUAAUCUUAAGCAUUCCAUGACUUCUUCGGAAAGUUCUACAUUAGCAGAACUGUAACGUGUUUAAGAUAUGUAGUUGGUAGCGUUGGGUAGGGUGAUAAGUAAUAUAGGGCAUUGAGCGCACCGACAUGGCAAGGUGAAACAUCACAUUCACGGUUAGUCUCUAAGUACCAAGCGCUAGCAUCGUACAACGAUUGAGUCGCGCCAAUCGGGCCGGCUU